UUAGCGAAGCAACUGUGGAAUUUUGCGUAAAACAUAUUCUUCGUAUUAAACUUUAUUAUCUGCUGUUCGGAGCCGCCCGGUUGAUAGCGUUGUUCUCGUGGCUCGAAGUUCCAGUGCCCGGCCCGCAAACUGUGUGUUAAAGGCCACAGCAAGAAAAUACACUUUCAACGUUGAGCGUCAUCGAAGGCGAAGAAGCUGGUCUUUAUUUGCCCACCGCACAGAGCAGAAGAAUUGAGGAUGGAGAUCAACGAGCACAACUUUGACCGGCUGGCUAACUAUCUACAGCAAACGCUGAACCCGGAUCCGGAAGUCCGCAGACCGGCGGAGCGCUUCAUCGAAAGCAUUGAGGUGACCAAGAACUAUCCCAUCGUCUGUCUGCAUCUGGUCGGUCGGUCCCAGACCGAUAUGACAAUAAGGGUCGCGGCGGCAAUCGCAUUCAAGAACUUCAUCAAACGCAACUGGGGCUACCAUCUGGAGAACGAUGGUCCGGAUCGCGUUGCCGAAUCAGACCGGGCCGGUGUUAAGAUUCAUUUGGUUAACCUGAUGCUCAACUCGCCCGCACCCGUCCAGAAACAGCUGAGUGAUGCGGUCAGCAUCAUCGGAAAGUACGACUUCCCGCUCAAGUGGCCAGAGAUGAUCGAUCAGAUGAUUGAAAAGUUUGCCCAAGGAAACCCUCAGGCGAUCAACGGUGUGCUGCAGACGGCACAUUCGCUGUUCAAACGCUAUCGGUAUGAGUUCAAAUCGCAGACACUCUGGGAGGAAAUCAAGUUCGUGCUGGAUAAGAUCGCUAAACCGCUGACGGAUCUGCUCCUGGCAACGAUGCAGCAGGCUGCGAAGGAAAAUGAUUUAAAAGUGCUGCACAUCAUCUACGAGUCGCUGGUGUUGAUCUGUAAAGUGUUCUUCUCGCUCAACUCGCAAGAUUUACCCGAAUUCUUUGAGGACAACAUGGAUACGUGGAUGAAGGCGUUCCAUGAAAUGCUGACGACCGAUGUGCCAAGCUUAAAGACGGCCGAUGAUGAAGAUGCGGGCAUUUUGGAGCAACUGCGCUCGCAAAUCUGCCAGAACCUGUGCAUGUACGCACAAAAGUACGACGAAGAGUUCGGUCCCUACAUGCCACAGUUCGUGACGGCCGUUUGGGAACUGCUGGUGAACACGGGUAUCCAGACCAAGUACGAUUCGCUCGUCUCGUAUGCGCUCCAUUUCCUCAGCACGGUCGCUGACCGGUCGCACUAUCGUCACCUGUUCGAAGAUCCGAACGUAUUGGCAAGCAUCUGCGAGAAGGUGAUCAUCCCGAACAUGGAUUUCCGGGUAUCGGAUGAGGAACUGUUCGAGGAUAAUCCCGAGGAGUACAUUCGUCGUGAUAUUGAAGGUUCCGAUGUGGAAACACGUCGUCGUGCGGCCUGCGAUUUGGUGAAAACGUUGUCGCAGAACUUUGAGUCGAAAAUUAUCGAAAUUUUCGGUCAGUACCUGCAGGUGCUGCUGGCAAAGUAUGCCGAGGACACGACCAAUAACUGGAAGCUAAAAGAUAGCGCCAUCUAUCUGGUCACGUCGAUGGCUUCCAAGGGUCAGACGCAGAAGCACGGAGUAACACAGACCUCCGAACUGGUGCCUCUGCCACAGUUCACUCAGCAACACAUCCUUACCGAGCUGGAACGCGCCGACAUAAAUCAGCUGCCGGUACUGAAGGCUGAUGCCCUCAAAUUCAUCAUGACGUUCCGUACCAUUCUUGGACCACAGAUUAUCGUUGCUACGAUGCCACUGAUAGCGAAGCAUCUAACGGCCGGUAGUGUGGUUGUGCAUACGUAUGCGGCCUGUGCAAUCGAUAAGAUUCUUACCAUGCGCGGGUCCGACAAGAAGCCGAUCGUUACGAAGGAGUUGCUGGCACCGCUGAGCGCGGAACUCAUAUCGGGGCUAUUUGCGGCAUUCACCGUUCAGGGCUCGAACGAAAAUGAGUACAUUAUGAAGUGCGUUAUGCGCGUCCUCAACACACUGCAGGAAGCAUCGCUAUCAUUCAUGUUCGUUGUGUUGCCUCGGUUAACCGAGAUCUUGGCGGUGGUAGCGAAGAAUCCUUCUAAACCUCACUUCAAUCACUAUCUCUUCGAGACGCUCGCUUUAUCAGUCAAAUUGGUCUGCAAAGCUGAUCCCAAUGCUGUCAGUUCCUUUGAGGAAGCUCUGUUCCCCGUGUUCCAGGGUAUUUUGCAGCAGGAUGUUCUGGAAUUCAUGCCAUACGUGUUCCAGAUGUUGUCCUUGUUUCUGGAAAUUCGCGAAGGUAAAAGCGCCAUUCCGGAAACGUAUCUCUCGCUAUUUCCCUGUCUGUUGGCCCCGGCUCUCUGGGAUCGUCCCGGCAAUGUGACACCGCUCAUUCGUUUGCUGUCGGCAUUUGUGCGACAAGCCUCCUCGCAUAUUUCCGCUGACGGUAAGCUAAGCGGCGUGCUUGGUGUUUUUCAAAAGAUGAUCGCCUCCAAGAACAACGAUCACGAAGGGUUCUACUUGAUGCAGAAUUUACUCCUGCAUUAUCCUGCCGAGGAAUUAGGACAAAGCAUGCGUCAAAUAUUCUCACUAUUGUUCCAACGGUUGAGUUCCUCGAAAACUACGAAAUUUGUGCGAUCCUUCAUCGUGUUCCUGUGCCUUUACGCUGCUCGUGUUGGCCCACAGGCAUUGAUUCAAAUGAUCGAAAGCAUUCAGGCACAGAUGUUUGGAAUGGUCCUAGAGCGUGUGUUAGUGCCGGACAUUAACAAAGUGUCCGGUGAGCAAGAACAAAAGAUUGUGACGGUCGGUAUAACAAAGCUUCUGUGCGAGUGCCCGGAAAUGGUCAGCGAUCCUUACGUCAACUAUUGGCCGCAGCUGCUGCAAAACUUGGUGCAAAUAUUCGAGCUUCCCCCAGACGAAUCGGCCAUCGAUGGGGACAAUUUUGUCGAGAUCGAGGACGUUCCCGGCUAUCAGGCCGCCUACUCGCAGCUGAACUUUGCCCACUCGAAACCCGUCGAUCCUCUGCCCGACAUCAGCAAUAUUCGCCAGUAUCUAGUGCAAAACCUGGGCCAGCUAGCGCAGUCGCAACCGGGAAAGGUGGGCACACUUGUAGCGGCACUGCCGGCAGCCCACCAGGAGGCACUGCAGAAAUACUGCGCCCAGAGCGGAGUGCAAAUUGCGUAAACUAACACUACCCCUCCAAUUGUGAUCGCAUGACCCGGUUGCAGUUGGUGGAUGGUGGGAAACGCAUUGUCUCAUUUGCAUUUGAAUAACUGUCCCAGUUAGAUGACAGCAUUUCUUAGAAAGCCACCCUUUAUGUUAAGUAUCAUCUUGGAAUGUGUCUGAAUCCGUGCACAUGUAUAAUAAAU